AUCAUCAUCGUCCGAGGGAGGGGAGAAACAUGGCUGUGUCGACUUUUUGAGUGCUGCUGUCAACUUUACGUUUUGAUUGUCUUGUAACUGACGCGAUCCACCUCACCCCUUCUCUUGAUUUUAAAUGGGCCAGUGUGAGUUUGAAACGAUAAAAUGAGUAGUUGGGCUGGCUUCUCAGAAAGUGAACUGCGGAGAUUGCAGCAAAAAGACUCCGUGAUAGCAAGCAAGCACAAACUACGAGCGCCCGGUCGGAGUCGGCAACAAGUGCAAAGAGAGAAGCUAGUGCAGCGAGCCGCUCAGGCUCAGGCUGAGGCUGAGGUUCAGGCUGAGGUUCAGGCUGAGGUUCAGGCUGAGGUUCAGGCUGAGGUUCAGGCUGAGGUUCAGGCUGAGGCUCAGGCUCAGGCUCAGGCUCAGGCUCAGGCUCAGGCUCAGGCUCAGGCUCAGGCUCAGGCUCAGGCUCAGGCUCAGGUAUGCAAUGGAGUCGUGUCCCUCCAACUUCCGCCGGAGCAACAGCUCAAUAAGAUGCCACCCGAGUGUGAGCACAUGGCGGCAGCAGGAAGCCCGGCUGCCAAAAGCGACGCGCAGCAGAGGCUCAUCGAAGAAAAGACGCAAGAAAACCGUCAAGCUGCCGCAGAGACGCCAAAUCCGCUAGUGAAGGAGCUUGACAAAGAAGAAAUCGAACUUCGAGACAAGACUCGCCUGGAGCAAUUGCAACGGGAGCAAAAAAUGAUCGAAGAUGCAAAUAAGCGCAAGAAGGCUCUGCUUGCAAAAACCAUAGCCGAAAAGUCCAAGCAAACUCAAGCUGAGGCUGUGAAGCUCAAGAGAAUCCAGAAAGAGCUGCAAGCACUUGAUGACAUGGUUUCGAACGACAUCGCUAUUCUCAGAGGAAAGAUCGAGCAAGCCAGCUGGGACUACACUACUGCCAGCAAGCGCUACGAAAAGGCAGAAGCAGAGUAUGUGAUGGCCAAGUUGGACCUCCACAAGAAAACAGACGUAAAGGAACGGCUGACAGAGCACCUUUUUGCUAUCAUCCAACAAAACGAGCGCCGCAAAGCCCUUAAGCUGGAAGGACUGAUGCAGGAGUUGAAGCUUCAAGCCACUGAGGAGCAGCUGGAAAGCCAGAAGGUGGAAGAAGACCACGUGGGAUGCUUUGAACUGCAAGGACGUGCCCAAGAGCACCAUGGUGUUUCGGAAGGGCAGGAGGGAACGGAGCAAUGGACGCCGACAGAUGAGGAAAGUCAGAAGAGCGAUGGCCUCCAGGUGGCCCAUCAAUUGAGUCACAAAGUGCAGCCUGCGGAAGAUUGGAAAGCACAAGGAUUUCCAGCAUGAAACACUGGCUUCUGCCUCCAGCCUCCAGGUGGACCAUCAAUUGAGUCACAAAGUACAGCCUGCGGAAGAUUGGAAAGCACAAGGGUUUCCAGCAUGAAACAAUGGCUUGUGCGUGCGUGAGCCAUUAUGCUGCUUUCCUCAUGUAUCAUUGUCACUUUACUUGUAUAUAUUGACCCAAAUGUUUUUUAUAACUGUUAUUGAAAGGAAUAUAUUGGUGGUCAUUUAGGCUUUUUUAAUGUUUACAUUUUGAGUUGUUUGCGUAUUCUCCCUAACAGAUGAAAAUAAACGGGUAAUAGGGAAAUGUCUGUAUUUAAAAAAAUAAAAUAAAAAAAUAAAAUGUA